CUGGCUGCAGCCUGCUGCACUCACACUCAGCUCCCAUUGAACAGCAGUGGACUCAGUGCUACAGGCAGACCUACUAAAAGAAGGCUGUUUUUUUGGGGCUGGAGCCUCUGACUCUGCAGACAGACAUGUUACCGAAGACACGUCUGGGGAAGCGUUCUCCUUUUGGGGCGUUGGUGGUGAGCUCCUCCUGCCCGCCGGCGGGACCGGGCCUGGAGACGGGUGAGACCGCCGUCACCAUGGCAUCGGCAGCAGGGCAACAGGCCGUCGGCAGAGUCAAAGGUCAUCCCGGGCUGAAGGUGUAUUUUCAUUGCGGGGGGACAGGAAGUGAGUCUGCAGGCGCGGGGGAUCCGCCGAGCGACCUUUCUGUCUGGUCUUCAUCUGGUUCGUCCUCCGUGUCUCCGUCCUGCAUCAGAUCUGUCUCCUCCUGCAUCGACGUCCCCAGAAGGCGCCGGAGCCCGGGGGAGGUGGAGAUGGACGAGCUCAUGGCGGCCAUGGUUCUCAGCAGUUUGUCGUGCAGCCCGCUGCUUCACAGCCCUCCCCACCCAGACCCAACAGCUGCUCCGAUGGACUGCGGCAGCGGCCUGCUCUCCGACAGCGGCAGCAGCGGCUACUGGAGCGUCGGCCACAGCAACGGGAGCCCCGCCCCCUCUCCACCAAUGGCAGAGGCCGACACCGGCUUGGCCACGCCCCUUGACGAAGGACUGGACAUGGAGCUGGAGCAGGUGUUGUUUGACGAGCCAGCGCCACGGAAACGCAGGAACUCGGUGAAGACGGCGUUCCGGUGUCUGUGGCCCAGCUGUGGGAAGGUGCUGACGUCCGUGGUCGGGAUGAAACGCCACAUCCGGACAACUCACCUGUACCGCGGCGGCGAACACGAGCGUUGUUCCCGCAGCGAGGAGGAUUUCUACUACACAGAGAUUACCCAGAGGGCCGAGCAGCAGCAGCAGCAUUCUCCUCCUCGUGCCCCCGCCUCCCCCACCCAUUCCCCCCCCUCCUCCCCUCCCAGCCCCCCCCCUCCCUCCCCCCCGUCCCCCCCACCCCCCGCCUGCAGCGCCCUGAGUCGCUCCGCCCCCUCCGCGCCCGCCAGUUUCACACAGGUCCAAUCGGAUCACUCCUACCAGGCACCGCCCAUCAGUUACGUCACGUCAACUGAAGCUUUGACCGCGCCCGCCUGCCGCUGGACGGCCCCGACCUCCGGCUGCUCCCGACAGGGUCUGGCGUUCCGGGUGCGUUCGCUCAGCGUUGGCGAGCAGUGGCUGCAGCAUCAGAGCGCCCCCUGCAGGAGGAUUCGUGGCGAGGCCAAGAAGUGCCGUAAAGUUUACGGCAUCGAGCACAGAGACCAGUGGUGCACGGCGUGCCGCUGGAAGAAAGCUUGCCAACGCUUCCACGACUGAACGAGAGAAGGAACGGGAGCAAGAGGAGGAAAAGGACCAGAAGAAACAGAAAGGACUGAAGCCGGCUGUAACUUUCAGCCUCACCUGGUGGAUCUUUUAUACCUUCUUAUGUCUGAAACCAGAACUAUUUUUUUGUUUUUUUACACUCUUUCUACAUUUGCUAGAAUUGUCUUUUUUGAAUGUGUUUUUCCAAAUGUAUUUUGUAGACGUUGUGUCCUGUCGGUGCUUUUUCGAUGAACACGUUGGGGCAGCUAUGAUGUGACCAGCUACGAGUUUUUGCGUCCGGCCAACUCUCCUCAGGUGUUCUUAAAAAAAAACA